AGACGAAUGACCAGCGCCAUCACCAGCGAUCGGUCCGAAGUCGUGCGCAUUCCCGUGACGACCACCGACGCCACAUGCAUCGAAGUCGAAUGCAACUGGGACGUCGGCAUCGGCGGCUCUCUCUGGACAAGCGGCCGCUUGCUCGUAGACUACAUGGCUCGCAACUCGCGUGAACGGGAUGCCCUCGUCGGCCGAACCGUCCUCGAACUCGGCAGCGGCACCGGGCUCGUGGGGCUUGCUAUGGCCCACAUGGGUCCGUCCCGCGUCAUCGUGACAGAUCUAGACACACACGUGGCGUCCAUGGAACGCAACGUCGUCCGCAACGCCGAGUUGUUUCCGCCGUCGACCAAGGUGGAGGUGGUGGCGUUGGAUUGGACCACGUUCACUGCCGCCGACGCGCGCGCGUUGACGCCCAUCGACUGGAUCGUCGGCACCGACAUCGCGUACCUCCCCGAGUUCUACGCGCCGCUGCUGCGCACGCUGGAGCUGCUGGUGGUCCCGUCGACCACGCGCAUCCUCCUCGGGCUCGGGCGGCAUGACACGGACAUGCGCUUCUUCCGCAUGUUGGCCGAGGCGGGGUACGAGUACUACAAGAUCUCAGACGCGUUGAUCGGCCCCGAGUACCGCGGCAAGGACUUUGGCUUGUUUGACAUUCGGAAAGCGAGUCCGAUCGAAUGACCCUUGGAACUUUAUAUUAACAGAUGGUUAUUACAAACUG